UGUAAUUGCGAUUUGAGAGAGACAAAGAGCCAGCGAGGUUUGGAAAACACAAAGCGUGAAGGAGACCGUAGCAAGUUGGAACAUGAAACCACGCCUCUGUCACUGUCUGUGAUUCUUAUCAUACAUGUCUGCUCGAUUCUCUAAUUUUCCAUCAAAAAGAAAAAAAAACGGAUUCUGGUUAAUGUCUGUGAGUUACCCAGAGGUUGCAGAAGAAGACAAUGAACAGAACGAGAUCGAUAGUGAUCACAACAACAUCAGCAACAAGAAGAGGAAGAAGAAAGAGGAAGAAGCUAAAGGGAAUCAUCAUCGAUUCUUCUUGAUUCCUUUCGUCUCAAAAGCUAAAAGGCGAAUCGUAUCUAAGAUCACAAGGAAACCCUCAUCGCCUUCUUCUUCUUCUUCUGGGUUUUUGAAAAAAGUUUGCUUUUGUGGAAUUGAAACUUCUAAUACCAAUACAUUGGAGUGGUCAUCUUCUUCCAUUCCUGACCGCCCUAAAGGUGAGAACUUUACGCUCAAGAUUCUCUUACAGACCAAUGAUUUCUUCUCCAAGGACUGUAAUCCACAUCUCUCUUUGUAAGUUCAGAUUCCAUUUACUGUAUCAUCAAUCUGUAUAGAUUAUUCAUCAAUACCCACAAGAUUUGUGAGCAUACAACAUAUUGAAAUUUGAUUAUUUUGUUAAUCAGUCUUGUACUAUUUUACCUGUGGGGUCCUUGUUGUCUCACUUCAAUGUUCCAGAUGAUCAUUCUUUAUGUCUCUGACUCUGAUAAAGACUAUUUGUAAGAUCAGGACAUUGAUCAUUAAUUGAAAUCUCUCAGGCGUAUCACACUCAAUCGAGCAUUGA